AUGCAAAUCUUUUAUAUUGGAGAUUAUAUAAAUGGGGUAAAGUGUGGCAUGUGGGAAACUCUUUACAGAUAUGAUCGAGAAAACAGUAUGGAAAAGAUGUAAAAUAUAAAUAUAAUUUUCUAAUAAAUAAGUUGUUCAGGAUUAUAUGAUGAAUAGGGUUUAAAAAAUGGUAAAUGGGUAGAAUUAAGCGAUAAUUAUAAUUAGUAAUUAAACGUUCAAUUAGACUUAGUCAUUGUCAAGUUAUUUAAGUGGGAUACUAUAAAAAUGGUAAAUAAAUUGAGAGAUGGGAUUCUAUGUAUAGAAAUGAUGAUGACAGAGGCUUUAUUUAUAUGUAAAAAACAUAAAAGAUAAGUAUUACAGCGGUGAAGGUUUCUUUGAUCUUAAUGGAUCGAAGUGUGGAAAGUGGAUAGAAUUAUGGGAUAAAUUUCGAGAGUAUUGCAACCUUUAUAUCACAUUAUUAGUAAAAGUCAAGUAAUUUUCAAAGGAGAAUAUAAAAAUAAUAAAAAGUUUGGUUAUUGGUAAACUAUGUUUAGAGAUUCCUGUUUCAAGAUUUUUGAAAAUAUGUAAUUAAUUUAUUUAGAUUAUAAAAUAACACAGUGGUGGGGGUUAAUAUAAUGAAGAUGGAUUGAAAUUUGGAAAAUGGGUGGAAUUGAACGAAGAUUUUUGCUUGUAAAUUUCUUAAUUUAUUUAAUUUAAUUAGAGAUUAUUAAGUUAUAUAAGAAGGAGAAUAUAAAUUAGGGAAGAAAUGCGGUUGUUGGAUUGAAAUGAAAAGGGAAAAGGAAAGAAAGGAUGAAGGAUUUAGAAAAUUGGAAUUUAAAAACUAAUAAUUAUGUUUUGAUUAAAAUAAUUGA